AUGGGUCUCUCACUUGGCUGGCGUGCGAAGUCAGAGGCUAAACCAGCCGUAACUACGGCUGGCGAGGGUGACCUCAACUACACGUCCGACAGCUCAGACCCGGCUCUCCUUCGCGAUGGAAACCUCGCUUUUACUCGAGUACAGGGCGGGAACGACUCGAAGCCUUCGUAUCAAGAGGCAAUUGGAGCCCCUGUCGAGUCCAAUUCGCCGCUGGGAUACCACGUCGGAUGGAUCACCAUCAUCUUCCUCAAUGUCAACCAGAUGGUUGGAUCUGGAAUCUUUUCGUCCCCUGGAACGAUUUUGAACAAAACCGGAUCAAUUGGCCUGGCCCUGAUUUACUGGUUCAUUGGCUUCCUCAUGGCCCUCGCGGGUUUCGGUGUUUAUCUCGAGUUUGCGAGUUACUUUCCCAACCGCUCGGGAUCAGAAGUGGUGUAUCUCGAGCAAGCGUAUCCUCGACCAAAGCAUUUCUUCCCAAUCGCUUUUGCUGUGCAGUCUGUCAUCCUGUCCUUUAGCAGCAGCAACGCCAUCGUCCUGUCUCGAUACGUAUGGAGAAUUGCUGGCAAGGUGCCAUCUGAUUGGCAGAUGAAGGGAGUAGCCAUUGCUGCUUACUCCCUUGCUGUAAUCUGCGUCAUUGCCCACAACAAGUACUCCUUGUGGGCCACCAACUUCAUCGGUUUCCUCAAGAUCAUUACUCUUGUCUUCAUUUCAAUCACUGGUUUGGUGAUUCUUGGCGGCAAUGUUUCAAGCAUCCCUGACCCCAAGGCCAACUUCCGUGACUCCUUUGCGGGUACCACCGACAACGGCAACGACCUUUCAACAGCUCUGGUCAACAUUGUCUUCUCAUACAGUGGCUACGCCAACGCGUUCAACGUGGUCAACGAGAUCAAGCGGCCCAUCCCAACUAUCAAGAAACACGGCUUCUUGUCCCUGCUUGUGGUUGCAAUUCUCUACAUGCUUUGCAAUAUUGCAUACUUUGCUGCUGUCCCCAAGAAAGAGUUUGCCGAGUCUGAUGAGAUUGCCGCUGGCGUCUUCUUCACCACCGUCUUCGGAACUGGCGGUGCUGAGACUGCCCUGAAUGUUCUUGUGUUGCUCAGCGCCUUUGGCAAUCUGUUGGCCGUUCUGAUCGGACAGUCUAGAAUGAUUCGAGAAAUCGGACGACAAGGAGUGUUGCCUUUCACCACCUUCUGGGUCUCAACAAAGCCAUUUGGAACGCCUCUCGGACCGUACCUCUUGAAGUGGGGGAUGACAUUUAUCAUGAUUGUUGCACCUCCAGCGGGUGAUGCCUUCCAGUUUGUCGUCAGUCUAAAGACAUAUCCCGACGGUCUCUUCCAUCUGGCCUUGGGCAUCGGGUUGUACCUUGUCCGACGCCAUAACAAGCGUGUCGGCAGAGGACGCCGAGACUUCAAGGUCUGGGACGCCCUUUUGAUCUUCUUCAUCCUCAUCCAGGUCUUCAUCAUCGCUAUGCCCUGGUGGCCACCGAAGGGCGGCCCUUACGCCGGUGAAGUCAGCUUCUGGUACGCAACGUAUUGCGUGGUCGGUAUUGCAAUUAUGAUUACAUGCUACCUCUAUUAUGUUGUCUGGAUUUACUUGAUCCCCAAGUGGAAGGGCUAUGUCAUUCGGACGGAGGUUUUGGAAGUCGACCAGAACGGCGCCAACACGCACCGCCUGGUCAAGGUUCCUCUUGCCGAGGUAGACAGAUGGGACGCAGAACAUGAUGACGCUGGAAAUCUCAGGCAGAGGCAUGUCGGGAGCCCUGUACAAGAAUCUGUGACGACUGAGGAGAAGGUUUAA